AUGGCUUUCGCUGGCGCAUCUCUCGUCGCCGACGGCAUGCUGUGCGCCUCCACCAAGUCGGCCGUCGACUCCGGCGCCGACAGCGGGUACCACUUGCUCGUUGUCGAAGGCUACUCGCACGCCAAAGAAACGACUCCCAAUGGCAAGUGGAUCCAGUCUCGCCCUUUCAUUGUUGGAGGCCGUUGCUGGACCAUCGACUACCACCCUAAUGGCGAUGACUCACGAGAUGAAGAGUUUAUAUCGGUUUUCCUUAUCCUUGAGGACGAUAUCAAGCAGAGCGUCAAGGUUCAAUAUGUCUUCAGUUUCAUCGACCAGCCUGAGUUGCAGGUGUCGAAACACAUACGGCGACGCGAACCAGCAUGCUUCUACAAACAAUAUGAUGUUGAUGGCCAGUUUAGAUUCAUGAAAAGGGAGAGCCAUUUUGGAGAUCUCCUCCAGAGCAAGGAGGGUGCUGACAUUACAUUUGAGGUUGAUGGCGAGGACUUCGCGGCGCACCGGUGCGUGCUUGCAGCCCGAUCCACCGUCUUCAAGUCACAGCUCUUUGGUGCCAUGAAUGAAUCGAGUGUCGUCAAGAUAAGCGAUAUCAAAGCAAACGUCUUCGGGGGCUUGCUUACUUUCAUCUACACUGAUGCAGUGCCCGAAUUUGUCGACAUGGAAGCAGACAAUGACGAUGAUGAAAUUAGGUAUGCAACUCAGCUGCUGCAGUUCCUUGAAGCAGCGGACAGAUACGAUCUCCAGAAGCUCAAAUCGAUCUGUGAAGAGAAGUUAGCCGGCUUCAUAUGCCGAAAAACUGUGCCAGACAUCAUUGUCGUGGCUGAGCAAAGACGGUGCUUCGGGUUGAAGGAGGCCUGCUUGGAGUUCAUCAAAGCUGACUCAACUUUACACGCAACUUUCGUAGCUGGUGGCCUCGGGCAGGAAACUAGGACCCGCACUCCCUCCCUUCUCAAGGGGCUUCUCUUCAAGUUUGGGUUGCUGAAACUCUGAAGUUCUAAAAGCAUUCUUU